UUUUCUGAAAUCACUUAACAGUAUAGCAACUGCUGAAGUUAAAGAACCAUCAUCUGACGGAGCAACAAUGCAGUGGAGUCUGAUCCUUGUCUUUCUGAUGGGUCAAUGUUGUCUGAUCACAUGUCAACUCUAUGAGUAUCGCUUCAUUGAUCUGUCAAAAAAUUGGUCUGAAGCCCAGCAGUACUGCAGGAAGCAUCAUACUGAUCUGGCCACAGUGUCUAACAUGACAGACAUGAGCAAACUCUUUCAACUGGAAAAUUGGACAGAAGCUUGGAUUGGUUUGAACAAAACAGCAGGUACUAACAGGACCUGGCACUGGUCUCUGCCUGGGGUGGAGUUCAAUGACAGCAAUGUAAAGUGGAAAAGUGGAGAACCAGAUGACGGAAACGGUAAUGGACCAGAGAACUGUGGCAAGAUCAAGAAAGACCUCUCCUGGUUUGAUUAUCCUUGUAAUGAUGCAGACUAUUUCCUCUGCUAUAAUGAAAGCGAUCCAGUUCAGAAGUUCUAUUUGAUUACAGAAAACAAAAACUGGUUGGAAGCUCAGAGAUACUGUAGAGAGAAUCACACAGACCUGGUCAGUGGAGUAAACCAGCUACAAGAUGUAAAUCUAAAUCUGACGACCCAGGAGUGCAACACUGCAGAGUGUCGGUUAUUUUUUGGCCUGUUCAGAGACAACUGGAGAUGGUCUGAUGGGAGCAGCUUUUCUUUCAGAUACUGGGGCGCACCGUUCACAAGUGCUGCUGAAAACCAAAACACUAACAAUUGUACUGCGAUGCGGAAAGACUCAAAGACAUGGAACAGUUUUGACUGUAAUGAGAGGAAACCUUUCUUCUGUUAUGACGAUAAAGUGAUCCUGAUCAAAGAACAGAUGAACUGGGAGAAUGCCUUAUACUACUGCAGGGAAUACCACGGUGAUCUGGUCACCAUCACUAACCUGGAUGAGCAGAGAUGGGUCCAGGAAAAAACCAAGAACGCCACAACUCCAUAUGUCUGGACGGGACUGCGCUACACCUGCACUCUGGAUUUCUGGUUCUGGGUCAGUAAUCAGGCGGUCACCUAUACGAACUGGGCCUCAGGUCAAGAUGGGAAUGACUGUGACAUGUCUGGAGCCAUGGAGACAGGAGGAGAGCAUAAGUGGUUAAAAAAAAAUGACAACGACAAGAUGAAUUUCAUCUGUUCUAAAUCUGCAAAGAAAUGAAAUAAGUAAGGAGUAGUUUUCAUAGGUUUGGUUGUAUUUUCUAUUCUAUUUUCUUUAUAACAGAACAUAGCUAUAGAUGACGUAGUUUGCUUAAGUUAAUGAAAUGAUGGUUGUAUUGGAAUUCACUUUUAUGUUGCAAAUGCACAUUUUCAAGUUUUUUUAAGUUUCUCUUCUUGAAUAAAUCAUUAAACUAUG